AUGCCGCAGCUCAUACUUAUGUGGAGAGCCUCGUUUCAGUCUACGGUACUAGUGGUAUUCAAGUUGCAGCAGAUGGUGAUGGAAAGGAGAGGAAAACUGAAGUCAUCUAUUAAGAAAAAGAUUAAUCGUAGAAGAACGAGUUGGCAAUGGUCAAGAGGUUUAGAACACUCUGAAAGAAAUCCCAAUGCCAAAGCAGUUUCGUUGCAAGCAUGUGCUGGCUUUUACCUCACAUCCUGCCCUGUGGGCAAUCUUUUUGCUCUGGAUGGCUCAUUUAGUCACAGCCCGGAAUGCGGCAACUAUAACGUAGUUUGCAGAAGCAAACAAUUUCAAGAUGACACAAAAAGUAAAAUUCCAAAUGGUACUACAAACUGCAAUAAUCACACCGAAUCAAGCAAAGACCUGGUCCUAAGGGCUAAUAAAGGUGAGCCAUCAGGGUCGUGUCAGGAACAAGAGAAAUCUGCCCUAAGUUCUCAGUGCACUUCUAGCAGCAUUCCACAAGAACCAGAAUCAAAACCAAAGCCUAGGAUCCUUCUAGUGGAAGAUAACAAGAUCAAUGUAAUGGUGACCAAAUCAAUGAUGAAGCAGUUAGGCCAUACCAUGGAUGUCGUGAAUAACGGAGCUGAAGCUGUGCGUGCAGCUCAGUCCUGUUUUUACGAUCUCAUUUUGAUGGACAUCUGCAUGCCGGUUAUGAAUGGCCUUCAAGCUACACAAUUGAUUCGUUCUUUUGAAGAAACUGGCAAUUGGGAUGCUGCUAUUAAAGCUGGAAUAGAGCCAUGCGCACCAUCCUCAGCUUCAUUACAAGAUGGCCAGAUUUCUGUUCAUUAUGAUAAGCGGAUUACUAUAUUUGCGGAGAGUACUUCACUCUUAAUAGCCCUUAAAAGUUUGAUACCCAUUUGGUCUCCUGAUUCACUUCAAUGUUGCUUGGUUUCUAUACCAGCCGAUUUAUGGUUAUCAGAUAGUGCAGAGGAAUUCUAUGCUAAUGGCAAUCUCUGGGUUCUUGUUAAGUUUGGAUUCGAAAGAAAUGGCAGAGAAGUGUCCACAAAUAAUAAGGUACAGAAGGUGAUGCAGGAUGUUCUUCAGUAA